AUGUCCGACGACGCAUAUCACAACGAGCUCAUCGGCGGCGUCGGUGGCACCCCAUGGGGCAACAAGCUCUCUAACAACAACCAAAAAGUACGCACUAUUUCCGCAUGGUGGGGCCAGGAAGAUGGCGCCGACUUCAUUGUGCUCAAGGGUCUUGAGCUGGGCUGGGACGAUAAUACCACCCGUCGUGUGGGCCACCAAGAACCCUAUCUUGAACAUGAUCAAUUCCGAUUCAAUGACGGCGAAAAUAUCGAUCAGAUGAUCAUUCACGGCGCGAAAAAUGAUCCUCCCGGACGAGCGGACGCUCUUGAGUUCCAUACCACGCAGGACAGACAUUUCUUUGCUGGUGGCCCGGGCGGAUUUCCGGGCUCGCAGGUCAUUGGGACGGGCGUAGUCUAUGGGUUUGAUGGAGCGGCAGAUGCGGAUAUUGAUAGUUUGGGGGCUAUUGUUCAGGAGGAAUAA